CAGACCAACGUGUCACCCUUCUCCCCCUCUCCCUCUUCCGCCACUUGUCCUUCCCAAGUUUCUGCCUUGACCGCGCACCCCCACUUUCUUUGUUUGUUCUCUUUUUGAGGUUCUUCUUCAUUUUGCUUCAAUAUUUGAUUAGUUUCUGUUUCACUACGACAUACAAUCCAGUUUUUAGUUUUCUUUAUUUUCAUUCUUGAUUUAUUAAUAUAGGUCUUGUGACUUUGUCUUGGAGCUUAUUGCUCUAUUGUUUUAUGAUAUAUUUCAUUUAUUUCUCAAGAUGGAUUUAUUAGUUGAAGUUUAUUGCUAUGAAGCCAAAAUUCUUGCUUGGAUUGUGAAUAAAAAUUAGAUCGUGGAAUAAGGUGGUGCUUAAUAUUAUGCAGUCAAGAUCAGUUUUGUGUGAAUCAGAUCAUGGAGUGGUUAAACAUGCAUAUAAAUUUAUUAUAGUAUUGUUAUAAGUAGUGUUGUUUGUGUGUUUUAUGGGGGAUGGUGAUGAUGGUAAGAGGAUUUUAAGAACAACAGAAAUGGAUACUCUUUGUUUAGAUAUUUCAACAAAUAGAUUUUCAAGAGAUUUGUUGCAGAGGUUCAUGGGUAGUAGUACUGCAAAUGAGGCAGUGAAAGAGGAGGAUCAGGAGAUUGAGUUGAAUCUUGGACUGUCAUUAGGAGGGAGAUUUGGUGUGGACAAGAAGUUGGUGAGGUCUUCUUCUGUAGCAGAGUGUUUACCGGCGGUGAGAGAUGGUAAUGAUGCGGUGGCACCACCAUCGGUGGCUUAUACAGGUCCAUUGAGGACCUCUUCACUGCCUGUGGAGACGGAGGAGGAAUGGAGGAAGAGGAAGCAGUUGCAGACCUUGAGGAGAAUGGAGGCUAAAAGGAGAAGGUCAGAGAAGCUGAGGAAUCUAAGGGGUGAUAAGGAAGCUGGUGGAUGUCGUGGUGGUGGUGGAAAUUUAAGUCUGGAGGAGAAAAUGGAAAUUCAGGUUAAUUUGAGAGAGAGAUUGGAUAGUGAUAAGUCUUUGGUCGCAGCGAAGAGGUCAGGUUUGCCAUUCCCAUUAUCCACCGCUAAUGAUCAUCAGUCCAUUCGAGGAGGGAUUGAUGAGGCAAUGGCACAAGGGAAGGGGCAUUAUUUGGGAGAUCUUAGUGGGUUGCAAAAGUCAAUGGAAUCAAAAGGAGGGAGUUCUUCGAGUAUGUCUGAAUCGGACAGUAAAACUUUUGGAGGAUCCAGUGGAGGUUGUGAACUGAGCCCUGGCAGUAUCCAGUCUUUGCGUGAGAGAAUCAAUCAGGAUGUUAGCUCGUCUGGGACGAAAGAAAGAGAAAAUACGAGCAGAAUGACACGACCUGAUGUUGUAAGAAAUCGAGGAAGGGAAAUUAGAACCAAUGCAGUUGAGGAUAUGCCUUGUGUUUUCACAAAGGGAGAUGGUCCUAAUGGAAGGAGAGUGGAUGGGAUACUAUACAAAUAUGGAAAGCGAGAAGAAGUAAGAAUAAUGUGCAUAUGCCACGGCAACUUACUCUCACCAGCCGAGUUUGUCAUGCAUGCUGGAGGCAGCGACGUUGAUAACCCACUCAAACACAUAGUUGUGAAUACAAACUCUUCCUCCCUGUUAUAGUGGCAGCGUGCUAGUUACCCUUAAUGCGAGUGGUAAAAUGUUUUCAACUUCUAUUGGUUUUUUUUCCCUCUUCUUGAAAUGACAAUGUAUAUUGUCAACUGAUGCUUAUAUUUGAAAGAAAAUGGGAAAUUUGGCUGUACCCAUGAGUAUUGCAUUCAGAAAAUACAGGGAAAGUUCUGAUCA